AAGCCCAAAAAACAGCACCAUUACAGCUUCAUAUCCAUUGUUGACACAACAUUUUUUAUCCCACUUUCCUCUUCCUCCUUCCCCAUAAUACCCCUUUUCGCUCUCCCUUCUCAAUCCACAUACAAUUCUUGAACUAAAGUCGAGUCCUUAGCUGAUAAAAACAGUCGAUCAAGACUAACCCAGUUCAGCAUUUUCUGAAUCUUAUAAAAAAGAUCCAAAAUUUGCAUGUUUUGAGUUUGUGGGUGUCUUGUUUCUGCUCUAUAUUGAGUACCCAAAAAUGAGUAUGUACGGUAGGGAUCCAUGGGGCGGGCCAUUGGAAAUCAACGCCACGGAUUCAGCCACAGACGAUGACAGGAGCAGGAACUUGGGGGAUUUUGAUAGGGCGGCGCUGUCAAGAAAUCUGGACGAGACACAGCAAAGCUGGUUGUUGGGUCCAACGGAGCAAAAGAAGAAGAAGUAUGUGGAUCUUGGUUGUAUUAUUGUGAGUCGGAAGAUUUUCAAGUGGACUGUGGGCAGUAUUCUUGCCGCUGCGCUUUUAGCUGGAUUCAUUACUAUGAUUGUUAAGCUUGCACCUAGACACAAACACCACAAUCCCCCACCCGAUAAUUAUACCGUCGCUCUCCAUAAAGCCCUCAUGUUCUUCAAUGCCCAGAAAUCUGGAAAAUUGCCGAAGCACAACAAUGUGUCAUGGAGGGGGAAUUCAUGUUUAAAAGAUGGCCAGUCAGAUGAUUCAACUAUGUUCAAAAAUUUGGUUGGGGGAUAUUAUGAUGCAGGAGAUGCAAUCAAAUUUAAUUUCCCUCAGUCGUUUGCUCUCACCAUGUUAAGUUGGAGUGUGAUCGAGUAUAGUGCAAAAUAUGAAGCUGCUGGUGAGCUCGCUCAUGUUAAAGAUAUUAUUAAGUGGGGUACUGACUAUCUCCUGAAGACCUUCAAUUCCUCUGCUGAUACCAUAGACCGCAUUGCUGCACAGGUUGGAAAAGGGGAUACUUCCGGAGGGAGUACUGAUCCCAAUGAUCACUAUUGUUGGGUGCGUCCAGAAGAUAUUGAUUACGAUCGGCCCGUGACUGAAUGUCACAGCUGCUCGGACCUUGCUGCAGAGAUGGCUGCUGCUCUGGCUUCUGCCUCCAUUGUUUUUAAGGACAAUAAGGCUUAUUCACAAAAACUUGCACAUGGUGCUAAAACUCUCUUCAAAUUUUCUAGAGACCAGCGUGGUAGAUACAGUGUCGGCAAUGAAGCUGAAACCUUCUACAAUUCUACUGGUUACUGGGAUGAGUUUAUAUGGGGUGCAGCCUGGCUGUACUAUGCUACUGGAAAUUCUUCAUAUCUUCAGCUUGCUACCACUCCUGGUCUUGCCAAACAUGCUGGUGCUUUUUGGGGAGGCCCUGAUUAUGGUGUGCUCAGCUGGGAUAACAAGCUCACUGGAGCUCAAGUGUUACUGAGCCGCAUGAGACUGUUUUUGAGUCCCGGAUAUCCUUAUGAAGAAAUUUUAAAGACAUUUCACAACCAGACAAGCAUAAUCAUGUGCUCCUACUUGCCAAUCUUCACUUCUUUUAACCGCACAAAAGGAGGGCUAAUCCAGUUAAACCAUGGAAGGCCUCAACCUCUUCAGUAUGUAGUCAAUGCAGCUUUCCUGGCUACCUUGUUUAGUGACUACCUUGAAGCUGCUGACACUCCUGGAUGGUACUGUGGACCCAAUUUCUACUCCACUGAUGUCCUGCGUCGAUUCGCCGAGACCCAGAUUGACUACAUCCUUGGCAAGAACCCCAGGAAAAUGAGUUAUGUCGUUGGCUUUGGCAAUCACUACCCUAAGCGUGUUCACCACAGAGGGGCAUCAAUUCCUAAAAACAAGGUCAAGUAUAACUGUAAAGGAGGAUGGAAAUGGAGGGACUCAUCUAAGGUUAAUCCGAAUAUUAUUGUUGGAGCCAUGGUUGCUGGACCAGACAAGCAUGAUGGUUUCCACGAUGUCCGUAGUAAUUACAAUUACACAGAGCCUACUCUUGCUGGAAAUGCUGGUUUAGUUGCAGCUCUCGUGGCUCUAUCCGGAGAUAGAGACGUCGGAGUUGAUAAGAACACAAUAUUCUCUGCAGUACCACCGAUGUUCCCAACUCCACCUCCUCCACCAGCUCCUUGGAAACCAUAAUUCUUUUGAUCUUUAAACAUCGUCUGUACCUCUGUCUUUUGUGAGUAUAGGUUCCUUAUUUUUGAUACUGUGAUUGAUAUUGGAGUCUGACCCCAUGAAUUUUGAAGUUAGAUGGAAACAGGAAUGUGCACCUUGAACAUAAGCUUGGGCAUGAAUAUAGGACUAGCAACUGGAUCUCUUCUAGAAAUGCCCAAUGGCAUGUCUGUUUACUUGGAAUGUAUCAAUAUACAGUAUGUAUGUAUGUAUGUGACCAAACUAAUAACGUAUUCUUUGAACACUAGAAAUCUGUGUCCCCCCCUAUUUUAACUUUUA